CCACCACCGCCACCACCACCACCACCGCCACCACCACCACCACCACCACCACCGUCGCCGCCUCUACCGCAGCGCUCUCGCUGGUGCAGAGCUCCGGUGGCCAGACCACAGACCCACUCCCGCCAUCCUCCUGCAGCAGCGCGUCCACCCUUUCCUCACCACCCGGCUAGCAAUGCGCUCCGCCUCGGUCGUGGCGCUUUUGCUGUGCGCCGGGCAAGUCUUUGCCCUGCCUGUGAACAGCCCCAUGACAAAAGGGGACACCAAGGUGAUGAAGUGUGUCGUGGAGGUCAUCUCUGACUCGCUGUCCAAGCCCAGCCCGAUGCCUGUCAGCCCGGAAUGUCUGGAGACCCUCCAAGGAGAUGAGAGGAUCCUUUCCAUCCUGCGACACCAGAAUCUGCUGAAGGAACUCCAAGACCUGGCUCUCCAAGGUGCCAAGGAGCGGGCCCAGGAGCCUCCGAAGCAGCAGCAGCAGCAGCAACACAGCAGCUUCGCGGAAGAGCUCUCGGAAGUGUUUGAGCACCAGAACCCUGAGGCCAAGCUCCGAGACGAGGAAGCAGAAGCCCCCUCCAAGGACACUGUGGAGAAGAGAGAGGAUUCUGAUGAGGUACAACAGGACGGCCCUGAGGGAACCACGGAGCGGCCCAGGCCUCAGGCUUUCCCAGAGCAGGAGUCUUCUAUGAUGGGGGACACUCAGUCCCUUGGGGAGGACACGGUCACCACUACCCAGCCGCCAGCCACCCUCCCCAGCCAGGAGCAUGUGGACCCACAGGCCACAGGGGACAGUGAAAGAGGCCCGAGUGCCCAGCAGCCAGCCGGAAAAGCCAAGCAGGAGGAGGAAGAGGAAGAAGAGGCUAGAGAUAAGGCUGGCCUUGAAGGAGUGCCCACUGCAGCACCCAGCUCCGACCUUCAGGCUGGCUACAAGGAGACCCAGAAAGAUGACGGUCAGUCUCAGGCAGUGGACGGAGGUGGAAAGACUGGGGCCUCUGAAGCUCUGUCAUCGAAAGGGAAGGGGGAGCCGGAAUACUCUCAGCAGGGAGAAGACGGGGAAGAGACAAUGGCAGGGGACCCCCAAGGUCUCUUCCCAGGAGGGAAGAGCCAAGAGCUGGAGCAUAAGCAGGAGGAGGACGAAGAGCGUCUGUCCAGAGAAUGGGAGGACAAGCGAUGGAGUAGGAUGGACCAGCUGGCUAAGGAGCUGACAGCGGAGAAGCGGCUGGAGGGGGUGGAUGACCCUGACCGCUCCAUGAAGCUCUCCUUCCGGGCCCGGGCCUAUGGCUUCAGAGACCCUGGGCCUCAGCUGCGCCGGGGCUGGAGGCCAUCUUCCAGAGAAGACAGUGUGGAGGCCCGAGGCGACUUUGAGGAAAAGAAGGAGGAGGAAGGGAGUGCCAAUCGCAGAGCAGAGGACCAGGAGCUGGAGAGCCUGUCAGCCAUCGAGGCAGAGCUGGAGAGGGUGGCCCGCCAGCUGCAGGCACUGCGGAGGGGAUGAGGCACUGGCUGGCGGUGGGGACAGCCAUGGCUUCAAGGCACCCUGUGAGCCUGGUCCCAUGGCCUGAAUGCUGCUCCUUGUAGGGUUGCUUCCAGCUGCCAGAGCCCAGGUUGCCCUCUUGCCCCUCACGCCCUCUUGUUGUCAGCCCCCGCCCUGGGCUCUUCUGCAGGGCAGCCCUGACUGUCAACACGGAUUCCUUCUCUGAACACAGGCAGCUUUCUAGAAGUUUCUCUUCCACCUUCUUAUCCACGGGGCACAUCUGCAAUAACUUCUGACCUUUGGGCGAAAGCCGAGAACUCCUGACUAUAAGAUUUUCCAGAUAAAAUUUAUUGAAGGGAGAAUAAACUUGCUUUGGGCUCUU